GGCGGAUCAGCUGCGUCGUCAAAUGUUACGUUAAGGUCCAUCCUUCCGCCUUUUCGACGGGCUGUAUCGAACCUUCUCAAUGGACCGACGGACUUCUACAUCAGGCUCGCGGAACCUCAUCGAAUCAGCUUCUCGCCGGGCGAGGUGGUACGUGGAGAGGUGAUCAUUGGGGUCGCGCGAGCUCUGAAGGCAUUAAGCUUGAAACUGCGGUUUGCCGGUAAAGUGAAGAUCAAUGGGUUGUUGCGUGGAGUGGAGUGUGCGAGCAUUUUUGAGGGCGAUGAAAUCGUAUUACUGGGAGAGCGAAGACCGGCUGGAUCAUCAAUGGGCCUGUUACGACGGAAAUCAUCAGAUGCACCGGAAAGGACGGAUACGGACUGGGUACCAAAGUUGCUGGAGGAAGGCGAGCAUGUAUUUUCUUUCGAAGUCACUCUUCCCGCGCGGAACCUACCAACGUCGCUCGACUUUGGUAAAGGCAGCAUUAUGUACAUGAUCACGGCGGAUCUGCGAUUACCAUGGUCAAUCGCGAAACAUCGGUUACAGGCACGACGAACCAUUCCUGUGAGAGAUUUGAUCGACAUUGCGGACGUUCCGAUACCGAAGCCAAAGAAAGUAACUUUUUCCAUAUCACCAGGCUCGCUACCAGCAGACGGAAAAGGGGCACGAAUAGAAGCAUUGAUUGAGUUGGACAGAGCUGGAGUAUUGAAGGGUGACACGCUUGGUUUAUCGGUACGAGUGCAUCACGUCCGACCAAUUAAGACGCUGAGAGGUGUGAUUGUUACGCUCUACAGAUUGUCACGCGUCUAUUCGGGACAUUCGCAUCAUUCAGCUUCAGACCUCACAUUUAGGAAGGACUUGGUCCAAAGCGUGCAUCCCCUCCUGUGUGACCCUAGGUCGCUCAGCUGUGUGGUAUUCCCUCGGCUACGGAUUCCCACAGAUGCAUUCCCAACGAUCCAGUCCGCCGGUCGGGCCGCUUCAUUCCGUUAUUUCGUGGAAGUGCUGGUGGAUUUGAGCGGGAAAACGACGGUAUGGCAAGGAGGAAACAACGUGGGUGCGGAAGAGGUAUUGGAGAGUGUGAUGUUCGGUGGUCAGGCUGGUGUUCAAGGAGAUUUCUCUGGCGGCAAUAGUGGGGCGACCUAUGAUGACGAAGCGUCUCUCAGCAAAGGGCAGGGCCUUGCGACGGAUCGGUUACGAGGCGAAAAAGGUGUGUGUGUGGUUGCCUUCGAGGUCAUAGUUGGUACGGUUGAUUCGUCCGCAAACUGCGCAGGGGUGACAAGCACAGGAGCUGCGUCUGUUGGACCGUCAUCUCCGCCUGAACUCACAGGUGAGUCUGCCGACUAUACCACGCCGCCUCCCGCUCCUCCGCCUGUUGUUCAAACUCCGGUAAUCACGCCUCCGCCACUGGCAGUCAUUGCAUUACCCGAGAUUGCGCACGAUCAAAUACCUACUCGGAAUGAGAAACGUGUUUUACGCGACGCAGAAGCGGCGCUUCUUCCUUCCGCCCCUCCACCGGCGGCCUCGAGCAGCAGGGCUCCAGAUUACGUGUCUGCUGGAUCAUAUGAUGAUUAUGGGGAAGGAUCCAUGCCACGACCUUCUGCGCCGUUCCGGAUCCCGUCCUAUAUGUCAUCCACGGGGUCCGGAAGCAUGCUGGGCGAUCUCACUAGGGCUAUUGCAAGCCCCGGACCUUCAGCGCCCCCAUUGGAGGUUGAACACAUAGAUUAUCCAGCAGAAGGCUCUUCACGGCCUUCGUCAUUUGCACCGCCGUUGCCUCAAGGACACAUUGGGGCUGCGGAGGAGAAGGAGAGGUUAAGGGCUGCUGAGGCAGCGUUGAUGCCAUCUGCGCCGCCUGUUAUCAGUUACAGCAACGAAGAGUUACAGGGUGUUACACCGCAGCCGUCAGCGCCUGUUGACGAAAGCUUAAACGAGAAUGACGGGGAGGAGUGGUGGAUUCUGCCAAGCGCACCAGCUGCUAUUCAUGUGGAACAUGAAACCUACGGAUUAGUCGAGGAGGACGCAGACGCAAGCGCACCGCCUUUGGGUUGGCAUGGUGAUUCUGGUUCGGGUUCGGAAAAUCUGGAAUCGACUACGCUGCAGAUGGACGCUUUGAGUUUGCAGGAGCAGAAAGCAUCCAGUACGAGGCUGGCUUCUGAGGAUGCUGAGAUGUUACCGGAGUAUGUCAGGUCAGGUUAUAGUGAAGGGUAA